GAAAUAUUUAUUAAAUAAAAACCCGAAGCUAUGUCCACCAAAAACAGAGGUAAAAGCCCCAGCCCUAGCAACUUUCUAUUCAUCGUGGAAGUACUGUUCGCCGCUCAAAACCUUCGUUUUCCCGUAUCAAUGGCAACCACACCAGAACCAGAUGUCGAUGAUGAUUUCAGUGAAAUUUACAAGGAAUACACUGGCCCACCAGGGUCUACGGUUUCCCGAGGGCAAGAUAGGGUGAAAGAGAAUAAACGUUCUCAUGCCGGUUCUGAUGAAGAAGAGGAACAGCGUGACCCGAAUGCUGUGCCCACUGAUUUCACAAGCCGGGAAGCCAAGGUUUGGGAGGCUAAAUCCAAGGCUACCGAGAGGAAUUGGAAGAAGAGGAAAGAAGAAGAAAUGAUUUGCAAAAUAUGUGGAGAAUCAGGCCACUUUACGCAGGGUUGCCCCUCCACUCUCGGAGCUAAUCGCAAGUCUCAAGAUUUCUUUGAAAGGGUACCUGCUAGAGAACCACAUGUAAGAGCACUUUUCACGGAGAAAGUUAUACAGAGGAUUGAAAAGGAUAUUGGUUGCAAAAUCAAAAUGGAUGAGAAAUUUAUAAUUGUUAGUGGCAAGGAUAGGUUAAUUUUGAAAAAGGGUGUGGAUGCUGUACACAGAAUAAAGGAUGAAGGUGAUCAAAGGGGUUCUUCUAGUUCUCACAUGAGCAGAUCAAGAUCCCCUGAUCGAAGUCCAGUUGGUUCACGGUUGCGACGCCCUGAAUCACAGAGGGCUCAUUCAGGGCCACAUAAUUCAUCACACUUCCAACAACGAUUUGGCAGGCAAGAUAAGGCUGUGGAAGACCGUGUCCGUGAGGAUCUACGGAAAAUUUCUAGAGGUUCUCCACAAGCAAGAGCUUAUGGUAAUGAUGGAGCUAGAAGUCACUCGAGCAACUCUAAAUCUCCAGGCCGUAUACCUUAUGCUGGCAACUCAUAUAAUUCCUAUGAUGGUCAUAAUCAAAACAUGGCUUAUAGAACUGAUGGAUGGGAUACCGAGAGACGAGCUUCUGAUUUGCAAUCUCGCAAUCAGCUUGAAUACCCUGCCUUCCCGCAAACGUUAGAUGAGUUGGAGUUGGAUUAUAAGAGAGAGGCAAUGGAACUUGGGAGAAUUCGAGAUAAGGAAGAAGACGAAGAAAAUUAUAAGCACCGGGAGACUAUCAAGGAGAUUAGAGAGAACUACAUCAAGAAAUUGGCUAUACUAAGGGGCACACAUACAAAACAGUGGGAGGAGUUUCUUCAAUUAGAUUCCCAAAGGCGUCAGCAACAGGCACGGCAACAUAUGUCUGCUUCAGGCUUUGGUGCUUAUAAACAGCAGGCAUAUUCUGAAUAUGAUGGCUCGUCAGUCAAUGCUCAUUAUGCUGGUUCUAAUUUACCAAUGGAUUCAAGGGGCAGAUACCUAAAUCCUAUGGAAAAUUAUCCCUCUAGGCCUCAUGACUCUUAUGGUGAGUUUCAACGACAGAGGCGUGAAGAUUUUGGGAAAGCUUACAAUCGGUACUAAAUCACUAUGCUGGACUUUGUUUGGGUCCACCAGAUCUUGGUCGGUAGAGAGUAAUUCGAUGGUGAGCUCAAGUCUAGGUAAGUAUGUCUGUAUAAGAUUUAAGAAGGGAACACUGCUGCUCCUUUGUUGUUUUAUUGCGGUUUGUUCCUAUUUCAAUUUGAUAAUUUGGCUCUGUCCACAACUUCAUUUAAGGAAGUCAGACACAGUUUUGGGUUUUUAGUUAGAGUAGCAAUAUUUGGAAAUAAACCGUCUCUUG